AUGGAUCCAUUCAGCUUUGUAUUGGCGGCACCCACAAAUAAACGAUUUGUUAAGAAGCGACGUGUUGAGCCCGAACCUGUAUCAGAUGAUGUCGAACCGGAGUCCUCCUAUCACUAUGAACAACUGCAGCAGGGCAGUGCCGAGCUGAAGGAGCUCGAGCAUAUGCUCCACACCCAUUUGUCCGACAAGUCCCUCAAGCUGACCGUCCAUAAGGCCGACAAAAUCCACAACCCCUGGCUAUCGCAUCGGUUUUCAAAGUAUUGUAAAUGGCUGAAGGGAAAGGGCUUUCCAAAUACGGAGUCCUGGGGCUUCCAGCAAAGCCACUACACGAAAGAUGAGCGCGCUUAUAUUGCCACCGAGGGUCUGGCCGUCGACAAUUCGAUCAAUGACGAUUUGGGAGAUCCCAAAAAUGGCGUCUACCUCUCGAAACACGUCGAUAUGGUCUCACAACAAUGCUUCACCUUCACGACUCAAGGCCAACCGCUAGUCGUUGACAUCCUGGUUUGCAAGAUGGCCCUCGGCAAGACGAUGAUGGUGGGCAUGGGAUCAAAGGAUCUGGACCCGAGCCCGAGCUACACUUCUAAUGCCGUCAACCAAGCGCAACAGGAUCGUAAUUCUCGCACCGUCGAUCGCAUGGAUAGCUGUCGUAGAGAUAUGGUGAAUAAUUGCGGUCGGGGCAAAUUGACCCGCUACGACCUGCAGCCAUCUGUGUAUGAAGGGCCGCUCCAGCUACUCGGCUUGAUGCUGCCGAUUUCACUUACCUCACCUGUUGACGCCCUCUGGAAGCCAGAAAUUUUAUCCCCAGACCUUGACUUCUCAACGCUAGCCACCUGGAAAGCAGCGCUUGACGACCCAAUUCUCGGCGAAUUCAUGGAAAAGGACAAUCGUGGUCUUCUUCUGCGCAAGCCCUACAUAUCGUUGAAAAGCGGAUGGAUGGCCACCUACUUUCUCGUGAGGCCAGAAGCGGAUGGGGAGCGCUUUAGAAGCCUUGUCAGUGCGCUCACCAACACGAGGACGCUGCUGCUCGUGGUCGAAGGCGAUUUCCAAGUGUCCCUAAUCCCGCCCGGUGAGAUCAGCGACCACCUUGGAUUUCCUGCGUUGACCGCCGGACCUCAUCUCCAUUUGAUCCUCACCAAAAAUCGCCAUCUUUAUUCCGGCAGCCGUCUGGAUAGCAAUGUCGAAAUGAAGGGCACAACGCGCUAUCCAAGCGUUAUCGACGAGGUUGACCCAUCUCAACCGCUACUUGCCGACAUGAUCCUCGAAGACCACGCCAAUCUUAUCGACGGCGACUCCGGCAUCAACGCAUAUGUCAGGAAUGGAAGAAAAGCCGAGAAGGACGGAAAAGCGGCGUCGCGGGAAAAGCCGUUGUUGCCUCCUUUCGGCUCCGAGAUGCUGAAAAGCACACAAUUGUCUAUGCGGCCGCCAAAAAGUGAUGCCAAAGCGACCAACGAAGGAAAAGCGUCUGAAGUCCGCCCGGCCAAGUCUUCAUCAAAUGAUGACGCUAAAAAUUCAAAGGAAGAUCCGCGGUCCAAGCGUCCGAACCCGGAAGUCGAAUAUGAACCGAAAUCGCCUACCUAUGGCGAAAUUGAUGACAUGGCACCGGUCGGGGAUCCUCGAAAGGUUCCCGCGAAGCCCGUAGAGGAAGUGUACGAACCGAAAUCCCCGACUUACGGCGAUAUUGACGAUCUGGAGCCCGUCUCGGCAAUGUUGGACCCGCGGAAGCAGCCGCCGGCAGCCACGUCGGUGCCUAUCGUGGACUUCCGGAGUAUCCUAUCUUCCGGCGGCAGAGCUGCGACGAAGGAAGAACGCCCAGCCAGUGAAGCACAGGCUGAAGACGAGUCUCCCAAGCAUCCCCCCAAGAAGUCCCAUGCUCAAGAGCCGCGGAAGCGAUUAUCUGAACUCCCGAUGCCACCAAAGGCCAUGAAUAAGGAAGAGUACGACCCGGAAACGUUGGAAUUUUCCACCGACCUCCACGGCUUUGAUGCAGACGCAAGCCCUGCCCCGUCGCCGCGAAAUGACGAUCUGGACUCAUUAAAUGGAGCUUCAUCGCCUAGCCAUGCCGACGAAGAAGACCUGAGACCCGUCAAUCAAUUUGAGCCCCUUGUUCAACCGCAAGAACCGCGCCCCGCUAUUACCAUGCAUGACGACGAGCCAUCAAACCACGCCAACCAUUUUGCCCUCGCCAACAUUUUCGGAAUGGCCUCCCGGCCGCAGCCCGUCUCCGAUGUCCACAAGAAGCCGGUGGUCUCCGAUAUACACAAUUUCCUCUCACAAUUUGUCAAGACGGAACCCACAUCCCAAUUCCAGCAGCCGAUCAUCACUGAAGAUGAUGGCGAUGAUGAAGAUGACAGUGUCCGGUCGCCGACCUCGUGUAGCGCCCCGCAGUCACCACCGCCCGGAGACGUCGGAUCUGUCGCAGUGUCGAUUCCACUGGAUCGCGGUGACCCUGGAACGCAGGAUCUGGAUCUACGGGGCCCUUUCGACACGGAUGGCGACGUGGACCUCCGUGGACCAUUACCGAUGCCUCCUCAUGUACCUCCACCCCGUGCUAUUCCCACGGAAUCGCAAUUCCCAGCUUUUCCGCCACUGAACGCCGGCCAAGAAAUGUUCGUCAAACAGCACCUCAUGCACACGAUGAGUAAUGUACUGGGCAUCUCGCCUGGUGUCAAGCAAUGCAUCCCGAAGCCCGGUCUGCUCGCCAAGCCGAAUCUACCCGCUGCACCCCAGCCUAACCGCCCAUCGUUCGGCUACUUCAUGUGUCCACCGCGGCCGGCUUCUCGUGAGCCGGUGCCUCCUCCCAGGAUUCCGCCGCUCCAUGUCCCCGUCCCUCAAUCGCCAGACAGCGCCCCCGGUUCACCGGACGAAUUCCCAGCGUCACCGGACCAAUCGAUUGAUCCGGACAACGUGUUCGGCGAGGGACUCCAGGCCUCUGUCGCUCCGAAAAUCAUCCCAAUCGGCAGCGCUUCUCCAAGCAUCCCGUCGCAACUGACGCCACCGUUAGGCGGUGUCCCGCGAAUGGUCGCCCCUCCGGCAAGCCAUCAGUUCUUCCCACAGCCGGCCCCGGCACCUGUUCCACUACUCUCACCCAACCUCUUGGCCGCCACGAACCGAGCGCCACCGUACGGUUUCGGUGGACACCGUCCGCCGCCGCUGCUUCCGCCUCCAGGACGGAUCUCGGCGCCACGGAUCGGCGAUGGCUCGCUGGGACCUGCUCGAUUGCCGCUUGGUAACACGACAUUGACGAUAAUCAUCCCGGACACCCUGUAUUUCACCAUGCCCGUCACCAAUCUCAGCCGCGAAUACAUGGAGCAACUGUUCCGGCGGCUCGAAUUCGUCGGCGCCCAGUGCAACCACGGCUUCUCGGUGCACAUCCAUUCGACGUGCUUGAAGAGUAUGGAGGAUAGACUCAACAAACUACCGCGCAACGAUCCGAGCUGGGCCCACUGGCGAGGUCUGCAGGACAUCUUUCUCGGCUACGCGCAACGUCCGCUGGUCAAGGUGCUCGGCCAACACGACUGUGAUCGCGCAAAGAGGUCGACCGAGCAAGUGCUGACGUGUAUGCGGCAAAUUCGUGUGGCACAGCAGUGUCCGGUCACGCUGGUUUUUAUGACUGAUGUCUCUCCGGUCGCCGAAAUGGGACAGCGCAUCAUUCGCGAGGGAUUCCUGCUCGAAACGCCAGCCUCGCUGAUGCAGCGUCUCUCC